AUGAUCAUCGAUUGUUUUCAUUGGAGUCGUCUGGACGAGUGCGCUCAAGUGCGCCCUAAUUCUUCACGUCUGGCCAUGAAGGCUUCCUUCCUUUGGUACCUUCUACGCUUCCAUGUUCCAGAUAUAUCGAGUCAACUAGACAUACAUGUAUGGUUUACUGUAGAUGGCUUCCUGUAUACAAUUGUUUUAUCUCCACAGGAUGUCCUCCGAUGCUCGCUAGUUAUACCUACUUACAUAACAAUCUCUCAGCAGAAAAAUAGGCGGGGAGGGGGGUUAACGUUUCAUAGGUUUAAGUAUUUGGAGCAUUCGGAUAUUCAUUCCGAGAGGAGUGCUAUCUUUCAAAAACAACCCCGUGCCGAUAAAGGUAGUAGUUUGUAUCUUCUCGCGAUGGCGCACGACGGACGGUGCCCAAAGCGUAGCCUGAAUUUCGCGGCGGACCGUAUCUAUUCCGCUCAGAUAUGGAUUAAAUAUAUAUUGGAAGGUUAUGAGAUAUUUCAAUUGAAACAUUGCCUUCGACAUGAUCUUAGUUUUGGAAUAUAUACUCUCGCUAGAGCAUCCCUUUCCCCAGAUGCAUACGAAAUUCUGUCUGGUACGUGGUUGGAAUAA